AUGUCGUAUGCUUCACGGAGAUUUCCAUCCAGAUUGUGGCAAACAGGUCUCAUGCUUCACAAGGUCAUUUGGGCCUACCAGGAAGAAGUCGAUAACGCUCCUCACGAUAACAGCGGCCAGGAUCUUCUGCCUACUCUUGCUGGCAUGCUUAACUCACCCUGUCGAUAUUCUCUCGGGAACCCCACAACUACAACAAUUGAUACGGACCCCUCAGUUGAAGACCCUGGCUCUUUCACUCGCUCUGCGACUCCUCCUCUCUUCACGGAUCAUACACGACAUAUACACCCACUGAACAUCGCACGCAUUCAACUGUUCGGGACCAAUGAGGAGCGUACGUCGAAUUCCAAUGAAGAGGAUGCGUCUGCUAGCAUCCACGAGGACCGUGACCAAAAUCUAGAAACUCGCCCUUCUUAUACCACCGAAUUUCCAAAUUCAUUCGCCGUCGAGAAGGCAUUUCUAACGGCGCCUGAAGAGAGCCUUGCAGCGGCGACCAGCGCAAAGUCGCUGCAUUUGGAUUCUUCCCCACUUGGAUCACGUCUUAUCACGUCUGAUGACCGAGGACCUUCUCUGAGUGCUCCUACUCUGCGUCCCCACUCAUCGACCACCCUAGGUUCGCCCCGGAUUUCUCACUUCGAAAGCAGCAGAGGGUCAUUGACUUCGUACGCCGAGGGAUUUAAAUCCACCGGAGAUGGUCACACUGACGGCAAACUCUCACGAACUGCUUUCCAUGGAGAGACAAAGGACCCGAAAACUGAUUCGACUUGGCGGCAAUCCGACCGACCUGCAGAUCAUCCUGGUUCUCCUCCUGUAGCAGCGCCACGUUCACCCGACGUUAGUAACCCGUUUUCUCAAGAACGCGUAUCGAGCCCGACACAACUGAAUCAACAAGCCUCUGCCGCUGAUCCUUCGUUCAUAUGUUUAAUUGAAACGCCACUUGAAUCUCACGAAGCAACGGGGACGGAUUUUGCCUCCGAUCAAGUUAAACUUGACCCAUCUUCGCCAACUGCAUACACUGAACACUCACAAUCACACCCUUAUUUCGCAUCUGCGACGAAUACCCGACCCUCUGGUUCGGACAUUAGAACAGGUGUCGUGGGUAAAGACUUGCACCCUCGCUCCUCGCCUCCGCCAUCCCCGUCAAUGAGUUCGAAUUAUUAUCCAAGCUCGAGCCCUCUUCCAAGCUCAAGCCCUACGGAAGAUCCGAUUCAGACGCCCUCAACUUCUCCGCCGCAAUUAUCCGGUGCAUAUAAUCAAUCAGAUCACUCGAGCAACGCUGAAGCAACAUUCUAUAAGGAUGAAAACUAUUCAGCUUUCUCUCAUUUCGCCAUGCAGGCUCCGUUUCAUCCAACAUCACAACCACCACAAAUCGAACGUUCGUACCUUGACAUUCAGCAAGAAUCUCGCUUCUCUACACCAGCAUCCGAUUCAUCGCCUUAUCCGAUGGGUUAUUAUGCGCCAGCGCCAAUGGCUCCAGGUGUCACAGAAGCCGACAUGCGGCCUAAUGUCGCUCUGAGUGCGCCUACGUCUGAUCCUACAUAUACUGCCGUGGAACACAGUCCUCGGGUGAUGACUAUUCCUGCAGCAGAACAGCUUUCGCCUCAUGCUGACCGCCCUGAAGCUGUGGCAACCCUAGUACUAGGAGAAACGUCGCAGCAUAGCGAGCAUACCAAGAGAAGCGAACAUCAAUCUCCCCAGACGCAGCAUGCCAAUCCAAUUCCCCGUCCUAAACGUUCUACUCUCGCUGCCCAGCGUUUGCAACAUAAGAAACUAUCCAAACCGUUUCGUUCGCCCGUCGUUCAAGCGCCCGUUCGUCUAGCACCCAAGCCCAUCUUACCCGACCUCUCAGCCCCUAUGGUCCCUUCCUCGAGUGCUAUGAUUCUCCCACAACGCAAUACGCCAUUGACGUCAGGUCCACAGCCUACAACUACCGUGGCGUCGUCCUCUUCCCAGACCCCAGACGGCAAGUUGAGGCACCGGACCACCAGAGCCGCCUCUCAAUUCAAGUCUCCCAUAUCUGCGCCAUCAACCGCUUUGGAAGAGGCGGAAUUGGUCAGAUUGACGCCGACAAUUCAGUCUCUGGAGAGGAAGCUUCAACUUCUGCGCCGCGCUCUCAAGGUCAGAGAGGAAGGACAAGAAGAUGUUCUCGAGGACCUAGCAAAAAAGUGGUCGGAUGCGGGCAAGGAUGCCGCAUGGGAGGUCUGGGACUUGGUCAAGGACAACGUUUCGGGCGAAGGCUCGAGUCAAGGCAAAGGGAAAAAACGGGCGUUUGAAGAGAGCUGGGGAUGGGACGAAUCCGGUGACCCAAAGAAGCCGAAAGAGCAGGACAGGGAGCGAAAUUGGGGUUGGGACGUUGUUCCUGUGUCUGAACGUGGGGACGAUGAGGCGCCGCCGGAGGUGGAAGACGCUCCCGAGGAAGAACAGGAAGACACCCAAGAAGAGGAAGCACCGCGGCAUAGUUUGGGAACCAUGUUAAUGGGUCUGGGGAUUGCGCACGAGACUUUGGGCUGGGACGAAGAAGAAGGUAACUUUGCUGAUAAUUGA